AUGGGCGGCAAAGGUGGCGGUGGCGGCGGAGGCAAAGGAGGGGGCAGCGGAGGUGGUAAAGGUGGCGGUGGUGGCGGCAGCGGGAGCAAAGGAGGGGGCAGCGGGGGUGGCAGCAAAGGCGGCGGCGGCGGCUAUAUGAAAGCGCCGGGUGGUGAUGGAGCGUACAUAUCAAGGGAUGUGUUCGAGAGUAACCCACAAGCUUAUUUCAGUGAUCUUCAUUCUGCAGAGAAGGGAAACAAGUAG